AUGAAGCGCAAAGCAGCAGAUCUUUCUUCGAACAACGACGAUGACGAAGGCGACGACUGGCCGACAGUAUCGACUCCAAAGAGACAGAGGACAGGGCCUGGACUGCAAGUGUCAAAUAACAACAACAUAAUCGACAACGGGGAUGCCGUUGCCACCACACCUUCGAAGCGCGCUCGAGCAACCCCGAGGAAAGUUGCGACGCCGAAUCCGACCGGAUUGAAGACGCCGACACACAAGUCCAAAGCGACAUCGCUAUUCGUGACCCCGAAGAAGAACACGCCGUCCAGAGCCAAAAACGCCGACCGGUCUGCCAAGAGAAAGAGUGCCAAGCUACUAUUAGAGCAGGAUGAAGAUGAUGUUUGGGAUGGUGCCGACAGACUAGCCGAGGAGAUCUUGGACGACGAAGAAGCUACCAACGGAGCAGAAGACCCAAAUGUGCUGGAAACGACGGAGAAAGAUGGCGAGAAGACUACAACAAAUACAGAGUCACAACCCAAACGUCGAGCCGGUCGACCAAAGGGUGCAAAGAACAAAAGAUCACCAACUCCAGAAGGAGAGAUUCCGCCACACGAGAGAUACUUCUUCCAGAACCGUUCGGGGCCGCCAAAAACAUCCAAUAAUACACUGAACAAGGUCUCGUUAUUAACUCACGAGGAAUAUUUUGAGUUGCUUGGUCGAUAUCAAGAUCCAUUUUCUGAAGAGAAGGACUUGCUACUGGCAAUACAUCAACGUUCUUUUCCUCAAUGGAAUUUUGAGUUCCGUGAGAAUCUCAACAUCUGUCUCUACGGAUACGGGUCGAAGCGACGGUUAGUGCAGCAAUUUGCUGACUGGCUGUAUAAACGAUCCAUAUCCCAGCCAAUUAUUAUAGUCAACGGGCAUACCCCGAAUAUAACUGCCCGUUCUAUUCUCAACACUAUACUCACCUCUGUAUGUGGUGAGGAAGUUCCGGCAAAGUUGGGCACGAUGCCAAGUGAAGUUCUCGAGUUUCUUCAUUCGGCUCUACAAUCGCGCGAGACGCCCGUGACUGUGCUAAUCAACUCGAUUGACGCGCCGCCUCUGCGGCGAACAAUUCAUCAGGCGCAUCUAGCUCGCCUGGCCGCCAUUCCCAAUAUCAAUGUUCUAGCAACGAUCGAUACCCCCAAUUUUUCGACCAUGUGGGAUGUCAGUCUGCGGGACCAAUUUAGAUUCGUGUUCCAUGAUUGCACUACUUUUGCAUCGUACGACUCGGAACUUAACGUCGUCGAUGAGGUGCACACCCUCCUUGGCAAGAAGGGCCGACGAGUUGGUGGCAGAGAAGGCGUCACUUUUGUGCUGAAAAGUUUGCCCGAGAAUGCCCGCAACCUGUAUCGAUUACUCUUGACAGAGCUGCUGACGCUUGAGCUGGGCGAUGGCAACGGUGGGGCUAGUGAUGACGAAGAAAAUAAAGGGGACAGUCGAAAAGCAGGCCGGAAUGAGGAAGUUGGCAUUGAAUUCAGGGCCCUGUACCAGAAGGCUUCGGAGGAAUUUAUCGCCUCGUCUGAAAUGAUGUUCCGGACUCUGCUGAAGGAAUUCCAUGACCAUCAAAUGGUUACCUCUCGCAUGGAUGCGACUGGUGCAGAGACGCUCGGGGUGCCGUUGUCUCGAGAGGAUAUGGAGGGGGUGCUGGAAGAGUUGGUGUUGAGUUAA